CAAUUCUGUGAGGUGGAAACAUGGAUGACAUGCUGACUCAACAGACAAACGCCUAUCAGAAAUUCUCUGAUGCCGAUGAUGACAGCGAUUCACCAGAUAAUGCAUUUUUAUUGAAAGAAGUGCUAAAAGAACAUCAAUACAGCGAACCGAAGGAACUCGGGAGAGGGCAGUUUGGAACAGUGUUUCUGGUGAAAGACAUAUAUGGAGACCCUUAUGUGAUCAAACAACUGAAUUCCAGAGAUAGGAAGGACCUGGAGAUAGUCAAAAAGGAAGUCAAGAUCUUGAAGACAAUGAACUGUGGAUACAUUGUUUCUUAUGUGAAAUCAAUUGAAGAUAAAGCACGUGGACUCUAUUAUAUUGUGAUGGAGUAUUGUAAAGGAGGUGAUCUUUUCAAGAAGAUGCAAACACAGGAGAAUGAUUUUGAAGAACAACAGAUUCUUGACUGGUUUGUUCAGAUUUGUCUGGCCCUGCAGUAUCUGCACAACGAGAGGAGGAAUGUUCUUCACAGAGACAUAAAACCUCAGAAUAUUUUUCUGACUGAAGAUGGUUACGUCAUUCUAGGAGAUUUCGGAUGCUCAACACUGCAUGGAAGAGCUGAUCAAUAUACAAGCUCUCAUAAGGGUGCAGACCUCUAUCGCAGCCCAGAAGCUGAUGAGAAUAAAUAUAUUUCCAAAAGUGACAUAUGGUCAUUGGGAUGGUUGCUCUAUGAUCUCUGCAUGCUGGAUGUGUGGACACAUAUUAAAAAACGCCGCUUUCAACAAGCCUCCCUCGCCGUAGGACACCCACUUCUCAUCUCAGAGAGGUAUCCACAGGAACUAAGGGAAUUAAUAAAAGAAAUGCUCAGCUCUGACCCUAAAGACAGACCUUCGGCUGACGAGAUUCUAGCAAAGCCCUUCCUGGCAGAUGCAGUAAAGAGAAAUAAGAGAAUUCCAGAAGCACUUGACCAAAGGUUCACCAACUCCAUCAAUGCUUUUGAAGAGGCCUACAAGGAGCACUAUGGAAACUUUGAGACCUUAGUUGAAGAGUGGGGGAAAACAACAACUGCACUAGAGGAGACACACCGUAGAUGCACUAUAGGCAGUCUGUCAGGUGCAGUGUUUGGGACUGCUGGUGGGAUCACGGCAGUGGUUGGUGCAAUAUUAGCACCAUUCACAUUAGGAGCAUCUCUGAUUGUUACAGCUGUGGGUGUUGGUGUGGGAGUUGCAGGUGGUGUAGCAGGUGCCGCAUCCAGCAUAGCCAAUACAGUACAACAAAAACCGCUCCGUAAGAACCUUGAAAACAUUCAGCGGGAAUUUUCAAAUGUGAGCACACCAAUUCUCGAGUCGAUGAAUGCACUGAGAAGGGUAGUGAAAGUAAUCCAAAAGUUCAGGGAUUUUGUCAGUGACUCUACUGACAAUGUAAACUUCUCAUGCAAUGUAUACAGAAGAGGAGGACUGCGUGCCACAGAACUCGUGAAUGUGAGUCUGCUGGCAAACGUUGGCAGAAUCGCAGCUCAGACUGCCAGAGUAGGACGGGUCGCAGUAGAAGCAGUGGCUGCAGUCACAGGUGUGUUGAGCGCACUCUUAGUCAUCGUUGACUUCACCUUCAUCGUGGUGGAUGCUGCUGACAUUCACCAGAUGAAUCAGGGAACAGUAAAUGAUCCAAAAAAGGUUUUAUCAAGUUUACUCAAGUCCAUUGCUCAGAUGAGGAAAACACAUGGAGAUCUUGUCAUUGUCUUGCAGGAGAUUAAAGAAACAAGAAAUGAACUAGAACAGUUCAAAAGAAUUGGCAAGGCUGACAGUGAUUCAAACUGAGAUUUAGUGACUUAACAUGUAAAUAUGAUUCAAUUCAGAGACUCAUGCAACAUCCUACUGAUUUAUCUAUAAGCUUGAUUGAAGGUUUUGGAGAAAAUUAUGUCUAUGUUGUACCGAGUCUAACAAUAGAGGGGGUGUGAUAUAUGAGGUCAGACUUUUGCAAUAAUUCUAUAUUUUAAAUAUCAGUUUCCUUGUAUGUAUUUCAGACAUUUACAUAUAUAAAUCACAAAAUUAGCAAACAAUGCAUAUUAAUUUAAACAAUGUAUUAAUUAAGGCAGAAACAAUGAGCUUACUAAGGCAAAGAAUAAAUGUUAACAAAUGAUUAGGAUAUAUAGAAAACUGUAGCAUUGGGGAAUGUUGAUUCAGAGCUUGAUUCAGAUGCAUUAUAUGAAUGCUUGGCUAAAGAGAUGUGUCUUUAAUCCAGAUUUAAAGUCAGUCUCAUCCGCGGACAUUAUCAGCAAAGCUAUAGCUUGUUUUCAUAUGACGUCACGCCACUGCGUUGCCAUGGCGCGAAAUACAAAUGGAAGGCAGGAAGUGAUUUGCUGUAUAUAGAAAGCACUUUAACAAACUCAAAAUGCCUGUGUUUUGAGUCAUUUAUGGUUACUUGAAUCGAUCAAACCACAAGGAGUUUUUAUCGUGUACCAAAAGUUGCUGUUCAUAAGGGGGGAAAAUGCAAGAAAUUGAUCGAAAAACUCUGGCUUGCAAACCUAUUUCUGCAGUCGGGAGGAGCCGAAUGGGAAAAUGUGUGUGUUUGUGUAAUGUCAGUGAUCACUUAGUCAAAGGUGAGUUAAUACAACUUAAGUGACAGUUUGUGUAACUUUUCCGUACUUUGUAAAGUCAAAGUAUGUCUAUUAUGACUCGUUUCC